GGGCCCCCCAACCUCGCCUUGGGACUUGGCCCCCGACGCUGCGCGGAAGGCCAGUGCCCCCACUCCCCGCCUUGGGGGCUGCCCUCCUCCAAUCCAGCUCCCUCCCCAGAGCCACCCACAUCUGGAAGACCCCAGCCACCAUUCCUCUGCAGGUGUCAGUUGCAUCUCCAGACCUCUGCCUUUGCAAUUUCCUAGGAGUUGUGAGGGGAUUACUGCUGCCUUCCGCCCAUCCCAAGGGCCAUCUCUUACCCAUAGUCCCUGCAGAGUCAUCCCCCUGCCUCUGUGUCCAGCUCAGCAUACCCACAGGCACUUCAAGUCCUAGAGGCCACUCCUGAGACCCAAGGCCCCUCCCUCUGCUCUCCUGUGUCCUCACCUUGACCCCCCCUUGGUCAGACUCUGUCUCCCUCUGGGUGUCCCAUUCCCCACCCAGAGGUAGAGGAGGCGGGGUGGCAGGGGGCAGGGGCUGGGUGAGGGCCACCCAGGGCCAGGGUGGGCUAGGGGGCCGUUAAGAUGUGGAGCUCUGCCCAGCUGAGGGGGGCUCCGUGGAGGCAGACGCAGCGUGUGCCCGGCUGGGGGGAGUAUGGGCAGGCCUGCAGCCACGUGGUAAAGGAUGAACAUUCGGGGCACCCCGGACCUCGGGCAGCCCAGUGAUGACCCCAGCAGUGGUGGCGAGCGGGAGCGGAUUCGACAGCGCAUGAAGAUGGUCAUUGGGCAGCUGGAGGAUAUACUGCGGGAGCUCAAGGAGGUGGCCAAGGAGCUAAGGGAGGUGGUGAGCCAGAUCGAUAAGCUAACCUCGGACUUCGACUUCGAACUGGAGCCAGAUGACUGGACCACAGCCACCGUGAGCAGCACCUCCAGCAGCGACAAGGUGGGCGUGGGCGGCCCCUUUGACCUGGGCCACCUGGACUUUAUGACAGCUGACAUCCUCUCGGAUAGCUGGGAGUUCUGCUCCUUCCUGGACAUCUCCACCCCCUCAGACUCCGUGGACGGCCCCGAGUCGACCCGGCCAGGGGCUGGCCCUGACUACCGGCUCAUGAAUGGCAGCAUGCCCAUCCCCAACGGGCCCCGGGUAGAGACCCCGGACUCCUCCAGCGAGGAGGCCUUCAGCGCUGGCCCUGUGAAGGGCCAGCUGCCCCAGCGGACCCCGGGCACACGGGAGAGGGUGCGAUUCAGCGACAAAGUGCUCUACCAUGCUCUAUGCUGUGACGACGAGGAGGGGGACGGCAAGGAGGAGGUGGGCCUGCCCCCGGAGCCUCCCCACACAGAGGCCCAUGCGGUCCCCCUCAAGCCCUCCCCGGCUCCCUCCAAGCCGAGGCGCUCUCCACUGACUGGCCGCUGCUCAGACCCCACCUUGGCCCCCGAGCAGACCCGAAGGGUCACAAGAAACAGCAGCACCCAAACGGUGUCAGACAAGAGCACUCAGACGGUGCUGCCCUAUGUGGCCACCAGACAGAAAGCCAAGGGGAAAAACUAGGGGCCGGGGAGGGAGCCGGGGGCGGUGGGCACAUAGAGCUAUAAAUAUAUAUAUAUUUAAACAAACACAGUCAUAAUAAAAUUUUAAAAUGCUAA